AUGGCUCCUACCCUUGAUCCCGUUGCGGCAGAGGAUGCGCCUCCAGCGGCGGGAAGGAUAAUGGAAUUGUCUAGCCGGCUCUCGAAGGAGAUCCAUCGUCUAAUCUGCCAAGAGGAGGCCCCGACAGGAAAUGAAGGACGAGAAUUGACCCUGUCGUUAUGGAAAAUGACAGCGGACGAAACCGAAAAACUCUUUCUACAACUUGGUAAACAAGAAGAUUGUGUUUGUGAGGAAGUAGACGAUGAAGAAAGGGAGCAGAUUCGAACAUUCAUUCAAGGCUUGCGCACGUUGAAUCUGGACCGCAACAACCUGAAAAGUUUUCCCUGGCGAGCUUUGGAGGUGAUGCCGAAUCUUGAAACGCUUGUCGUGACACGAAAUUUACUGCGGCCCAGCAGUUUGCAAGUUUUUAUACAAGAAGAGUCAUCUUAUGGGCAUACGCAUGAAGAGAAAGAGUGCGAGGGCGGGUCGCAAGCUCCACCAGCUCCUCCUGUUUUAGAUCGGCAUACUAGCGACGCUCACGACAUCAAGAGGAUCAUACCCCGACUUUGCCGUGUACUACCCAGCCUGCGCGUCCUCGAUUUACGGUUCAACAAACGCUUAGGGUGCCCACUGCUGCUUGCCAAGUUACACGAAGAGGCUGCUCCGUAUGGUCUAGAGAUCAAGAUGAGUUUGUUUGGCCAACUCGAGGGCGCACGACCCGCAGACCGAGAUGCUCAAGACCUACGAGCGCAACUCGAGCCUCAUCCAACUCGAGUGUUGAGGCGACGACUAGCACAGAUGCAUGAGAUAGUAGACAGGGUCCCUCAUGAGCAGGUGGGAGAUGGAGAAUGCAAAAUCGCAUCAACGACGAAUCAAGACGUGGCACUUAGAGAGGACGAGGAUAAUUAUCACGACAAAAAUGGUUACGAAGAGCUCGAGCGAGAAGAAGUGAUGUGCAGACUUCUAGAUUGUUAUCAGCGAGGGUUCGAACGCCGCCCUUCUCUUGGUGGGAAGCGUUUUUGUGACCGCUUUUAUGGGACCCCAGUGGAGGAAGCUUUGUGUGCGGAGAUGCUAGAGGAAUGUCGGAGGUGGGUAGCAGCAGAAGAGAAAAAAGCAUCGAAAUCGACGCGAGAGCGACCCUCAAUCAAAGCCGCGCACUACAUGAUUCUGAGAAGAAGCGAUGUGGAGGUCGUGGGCGUGGAAAUGCAAGAAGAUGCACAUAGAACAACACCUGCUGCAGUAGGAUCAACAGAUCCACAAAGUAGCAGGCUUGAUAGAUUCGAACCUUCAACAGCCGCCAGCCGUAAGCAAGCUCGAUUUUUGCGGAAACAGCGUAAACAUCAAGCAGUGUGGGACGUGGCACGUCGGAUAGUGGAGUCUGUGGAUCCUGAGUUUGCUUCUACGCAAUGGACGCAACUGGCAGUGACUCAUAACUUCGAAGGUUCGCCGCACAUCGACAAGCAAAACACUGGGUUUUUCUAUGCAAUCGCGGUUGGGGACUUUGGUAGAGAUAGAAAACAGGAGGACAUCAAGGUGACGCAAGCAUCUUCUACAUUAGUACAACCUGAGAAGGACAGCACGAUGGCCAGCAUAACCUCUCCGACUCUUUCGACCGCCUCGACAGCUUCGCAAGGGUCUCCAUGUUCGACGCAGAGAACUUCCCCGAAUAAAGAUACGUUAAAAAUCUACUCGUCAUCAGCAAGUACAACUACUGCUUCGCAUUCUCCAGGGUCUCCUUCAUUAAUUACCUCUCCAUCCCCAUCCCCAUCGCCAUCCUCUCCAUCCAGGACCACGACGACCAAGAACAAUGUCCCCUUCAAUGGAGGUCUCUGUGUGGAACAUCACAGGGAUCCUUGGCGGGUGAUAUCACUGAAUAGCAAGAACCGCUUAGCGAAAGUCGAUGGUAGAUAUCCUCAUUGGGUCGCUCCGUGGCAUGGCAAAGAUCGAUUCUCAUUCGUUUUCUACCAAACAGAGGGCUCAUGGCAACCUCCUGAAGAGGCCGCUUGGGAUUGUGGGGUCGAAGAGGACGAGGAAGAAAGUCGGACAUGAUGUCGUUGACAAAGGCGAUCUGAUCGAUGCUUCACCAUGAACCUCGAUGAAGUUUUUGUCCUGUGAAAGUAGCAGGAUCUUGACGAAUUGGAACAAAAACCUCCUCAAGCCCACAAAGUGAGUUACCAGGAAUCACUCAU